CUGCGCGACUAUUUUUCCAACCCGGGCAACUUCGAGCGGCAGAGCGGCACCCCGCCCGCAGGGGGAGCCCCGGGUCUCUGGCCAGUUGCUGGCGCGGCGCCGGGGGGAGCAGCAGCCGGCGGCAAGGAGCCCGUCCCCGGGCAGCUAAAUCGAGCUGGAAGCAUUAGUACCCUUGAUUCCUUAGACUUUGCAAGAUACUCUGAUGAUGGAAACCGGGAGACAGAUGAACGAGUAGCAGUCCUGGAGUUUGAACUACGGAAAGCCAAGGAGACCAUUCAGGCCCUCCGAGCCAACCUGACUCAGGCUGCAGAAAAUGAAGUUCCUUUGCAGGAACGAAAAAAUUAUAAAUCAAGUCCUGAAAUUCAGGAGCCAAUCAAACCUCUUGAAAAAAGAGCUCUAAACUUCCUAGUCAAUGAAUUUUUAUUAAAGAAUAGUUACAAGCUUACUUCAAUAACCUUUUCAGAUGAAAGUGAUGAUCAGGAUUUUGAACUGUGGGAUGAUGUAGGAUUGAACAUUCCAAAGCCUCCAGACUUGUUACAACUCUAUCGUGACUUCGGAAACCAUCAAGUAGCUGCAAGAGAUGUUGUAGAUGUAGCAGUUGGCAUGGAAGAGGAUGAGUUAGAAGUUACCACUCCUACACUAGGGAGCGUUGCUGUAUUUGGAGCACCACCGUCAUUAGAACAAUGCUUACUAGUGCAAAAAUUAGAAGAUCAAAUUAAUGCAUUAAAUAGUGAGAAAUGGUCUUUGAUGGAACAAAUCCGAAGACUUGAGAGUAAAAUAGACUUCCUCAAGAAUGAAAACUUUAUGGUUCCAGUGGUUUCUGAUUUAGUCCACUCCUCUUUAGACCAAGUGCCUCUCUCGGUUCUGGAGGACAAUGGGAGUUACUUAGACAUCAAGAGUUCAGACAAUGACAAUAAAAAUGGAGAAACUGAGGAAAGAAGCCUUCCCAUAUCUACAGAAGCAGAUUCACAGACACCUAAAGAUGAUACACUAAAUUCUCUCCCUGGUAAUGAGAGAGAGAAAUUACCUCCUUGUGCUCCAUCAAAAAAAACAGCAAUACACUUUGAUAAACCUAAUAGGAAGUUGUCACCAGCUUUCCAUCAAGCACUAUUAUCUUUCUGUCGGAUGUCAGCAGAGAGUCGUUUGGGAUCAGAGGUGUCUCGGAUUGCAGAUAGUGAAAAAAGUGUCAUGUUAAUGCUGGGACGUUGCCUGCCGCAUAUUGUUCCUAAUGUGCUGCUUGCAAAACGAGAGGAAUUGAUCCCACUCAUACUGUGUACAGCCUGCCUCCAUCCUGAACCCAAAGAGAGAGAUCAGCUCCUACAUAUACUGUUCAAUUUGAUCAAACGACCAGAUGACGAGCAAAGACAGAUGAUAUUGACUGGUUGUGUGGCAUUUGCUCGACAUGUUGGACCAACGCGUGUAGAAGCUGAGCUCUUACCACAAUGUUGGGAACAGAUCAAUCACAAAUACCCAGAGAGACGAUUACUAGUGGCAGAGUCCUGCGGAGCUCUAGCACCUUACCUUCCUAAAGAGAUUCGUAGUUCAUUGGUGCUUUCCAUGCUGCAACAGAUGCUAAUGGAAGAUAAGGCAGAUCUGGUACGAGAAGCUGUGAUCAAAAGCCUGGGUAUCAUAAUGGGAUAUAUUGAUGAUCCAGACAAAUAUCAACAGGGUUUUGAACUGCUGCUUUCAGCUUUGGGAGAUCCCUCGGAACGAGUUGUUAGUGCAACACAUCAGGUAUUUUUACCCGCCUAUGCUGCAUGGACUACAGAACUGGGCAAUUUACAGACGCAUCUUAUACCCACGCUGCUUAAUAAGAUUGAAAAGUUACUCAGGGAAGGAGAGCAUGGGCUGGAUGAACAUAAGCUACACAUGUAUCUUUCCGCUUUGCAGUCCUUGAUUCCAUCACUGUUUUCACUGGUACUACAGAAUGCACCUUUUACUAGCAAAGCUAAACUCCAAGGUGAAGUGCCACCAAUAGAAGUGACUAGGUUCCCUCGGCCUGUGUCACCUCUUCAGGAUGUGGCUACUAUCAUUGGAAGCCGUGAGCAGCUAGCUGUGCUGCUGCAGCUUUACGAUUAUCAAUUGGAACUUGAGGGUACCACAGGCUGGGAGACUUUGCUAUGGGUUGUCAAUCAACUGUUACCACAGCUUAUAGAAAUAGUUGGCAAAAUCAAUGUUGCCUCAACUGCCUGUGUCCAUGAAUUCUCCAGGUUUUUCUGGCGGCUCUGCAGGACAUUCGGGAAAAUUUUCACAAACACUAAGGUAAAACCACAAUUCCAAGAAAUCUUGAGACUAUCUGAAGAAAACAUUGAUUCCACAGCAGGGAAUGGGGUACUAACGAAAGCCACAGUUCCCAUCUAUGCAACAGGAGUCCUUACAUGUUAUAUUCAGGAAGAUGACCGCAAACUAUUAGUUGGGUUCUUAGAAGACGUGAUGACUAUGCUUUCAUUAUCACAUGCUCCUCUUGAUAGCCUGAAGGCUUCUUUUGUGGAACUGGGUGCAAACCCAGCAUACCAUGAGCUGCUGUUAACUGUACUGUGGUAUGGAGUUGUCCAUACUUCAGCUCUUGUUCGUUGCACAGCUGCUAGAAUGUUUGAGCUGACUCUUCGAGGCAUGAAUGAAGCCUUAAUUGACAAGCGGGUUGCUCCGGCCCUUGUUACCUUGUCCAGUGAUCCUGAAUUCUCUGUCAGGAUUGCCACAAUUCCUGCUUUUGGUACCAUCAUGGAAACGGUUACUCAGAGAGAGGUAGGAAUACUGCAUAUCAAACUGAAAUAUUAUUUUUGCCACCUUUACUUUUUUUGUAAAUAUUCAAGGUUGGCUUCUUUCCUUGAAGAUCCUCAGUAUCAAGACCAACAUUCUUUACACACAGAAAUCAUAAAAACAUUUGGAAGAGUUGGACCUAAUGCAGAGCCCAGAUUUAGAGAUGAAUUUGUUAUUCCACACUUACACAAGUUAGCCUUGGUCAACAACCAGCAGUCUGUGGAUUCAAAGAGACUGGACAUUGCAACCCAUCUGUUUGAAGCCUAUAGUGCUCUUUCCUGUUGUUUAGUGACUGAUGGUUCAGAGGAUUUAAUUUUCAAUCACUUUUUGCCCGGACUCAGGUGCUUACGAACUGACAUGGAACAUCUCUCACCGGAGCAUGAGGUUAUUUUAAGUUCCAUGAUAAAGGAGUGUGAACAGAAAGUGGAAAACAAGACCGUCCAAGAACCGCAAGGCUCAAUGUCCAUUGCUGCAAGUCUUGUGAGUGAAGAUACAAAGACCAAGUUUCUGAACAAAAUGGGCCAGCUGACUACAUCAGGUGCCAUGCUGGCCAAUGUGUUUCAGAGGAAGAAGUAAAAUUUGGAAAAGAAAAUCCAACACUAAAAUGGACCUCAUGCAGACUCAUUCCUUGUACUUGAAGUACUUGCCUUUUUAUUUCCCCUGUCUGAUGUUCUGGUAGUAUAAUUUUAUUCUAACCUCCAAAGAUAUUUGCACUGCUUUUGAAUAUCGCUGUGUAUCUCUUAAUUUUGGGUUAUCUGUGGUUGAUCUAAAACUGAAUUCAUUGUCUGUACCAAGUCCCUGUUCUGUGUUCUUGUCUUUCCAGCAUUUUUUUAUAUAGUGAAAGGUAUUUUUUAUUUUAUUUUCUGACAAAAUAUCAGCAAAUAUCUGUAUUAUACACGGAGCUAUUACAAUGGUACUUAAAAUAAUGUAAAUUUGAAGUCAUUGUCAUAAAGUAAUAAAAGUGGAGAUUACUUAUGUAUUUAAAUUAUGAAAGAGUAGUGCAGAAUUUUUUAUGUUUCUAAAAUGACAAGGAAGAGCCACCAGCACUAAUCUUUUUGGAUUGUGUUUUUGUAAGUACUGUACAUCUCCAGUCUAGUGGAAUAGCAACACAUGUAUAGAACUGCUUGCACUGCGUCGAUCCAUGGGAAACAUUCAGCAUUUCAGAUACUUCAGUGCAUAUUCUGUAAGUAAUAUAUCACAUUCUCCAGAUAAACCUUUUCUAUAUGUCAGGGUUUAUUUACUUUAACUGAAGCACUUUAACUAUUAGUCUACCUACUGGAAGGCACAUGUCCUGAUUUAAAAAAAGUAUUAAUUAAGAUAAAAUCUUGUCCAAGUAAUCAAGCUAAAAAGGUCUGACUCCUUUAGGGUCUUAUAAGAUCCUUAGGCCAGAAGCAAUGCACUGUUCUUGAGAUGCCUACAAACAGAACAAACAUCCACAAAAGCAAAGAGCAAUCUCUUUUUCCCCUCGCUGCACAGCAGUAUGCAGUAUGAUGGCUAAAAGCAAUAAUUAGAUCAGUUAGUUAACUAACUCUCAAUUCAAACUUUAGAAGAAAAUAUUUUCAUGAGAAUUUGUGGCAUACAAAAUGUCCUAACAUAUUCUCAAGUAGAUUAUAUACAUAUUUAUAAAAUCCAUAUAGCUAUUUUUAACAAAUAAAAGCCACCCUUAAAAUAAGUAUAUUUAAUUAUCAGGGUUUUUUUUCUUAAUAAAAAUAUUGGCAAAAAACAUCUCCAUAAAUUCAAAGUCUGUCCUUGUUCUUAUGGACACUUCCACUAUAUUUUGGUUAAUGUGUGAACAUCUAAAUGUAAACUAAAAUGCACAUGUGAAACAAAAUCUAGAUGGAAAAAGUGCACGUUUCUCUGAAAGUGUCACAAUAUCAUUAGAAUUGGAUUUGGUGGCAAUUUGGGGAAGUGAAAGGAGUGGGUAGAUAAUGAAAGGAUAGAUUUCUGAAACAGAAUGCUGAUGUAGUGUUCCCCAUGCACCCAGCUAAUACCCACUAAAAUAUUCUUAACUGCUUUGUAUCCUUGCCUAAUGGCACUGUAUGCACAAUGCCCAACACACUUGCAAUGUAAGAACCUGUUGCACUCACAUAACAAUCCUUUUAUACUGUACAGAGAGGCCUUUUAACAGAUAGCUCAGUUCCUGUCCAUCGCUUGUUACCAUGAACUAAUUGUGCUCUUACACACUGACUGUGAAAUGAGGAGACAUUCCUGAGAAAUUGGAAGUGGCUGACUUCCCUGUCAAUUGUUCUGUUAUAAAUAAAGAAUUUUGCAUAUGAA